AUGGCAUCAUCCUCACAAUCACAGCCCCGUCUCCCUACCCCCUCAGACUUCCCUCCUAACCUAACGCUCUCCAUCAACCCCCCCACCACGGGGUCCCCAGUCAACAUCCUAAUACUCCUCCACGGCCUCGGCGAUACGCACACCUCCUUCACGACUCUCGGAAAAUCUCUCAACCUCCCCGAAACAGUCACUAUAUCCCUACGCGCCCCAAACCCCAUCCCCCCCAUAUUCACCGGCUCAUCCACCCCCUCCUUCCACUGGGGCGAUGACAUCCUAUUCGACGAGUCCAAAGGCACCAUCGACCCCGACGGCGGCUUCACCACCACCCGCAAAGUCCUCCUCGAUCUCAUCAUAAAAGACGUCCUCAUAGAAAAAUGUCACUAUCCCCCACGCAACAUCCUAUUCUACGGAUACGGGCAAGGGGGGAUGGCUGCCUUAACUGUAGCCGCAUCUGUUGCCUCUGGAGACGGGGAAGAGCUGGAAUUUGGCGGUGUAGUUAGUGUAGGAGGCCGCUUACCUGCUUCAACUUCAUCUUCGACAGCUGGUUCUGGGCAAGGCAAGAAGGGCAAAUGUAAAACCCCGGUGCUGCUCUGUGGUGGUAGUAGAAGUCGCGAAGUUACGCGGCAGGCGGUCGAUGCGCUGAAAGAGCGAUUUAAGGAUGUGGAGUAUGUGAAGUGGGCUAAGGAGGGGGAUGGGAUGCCGGGGAGUCGCGAGGAGAUGUUGCCGAUUAUGAGGUUUUUUGCCAGGCGGUUAAGGAGUAGGGCGGGGGUGCCGGAGGGGGCUGUUGAGGUUUGA